GGAACCGUCGCUUCAUUUCCGGAUCCUUCUUCUCCAACGACCCGGAAAUAUUACUCUGCAUUUUAGCCUCAAUUCCCCUGUCAACGAAAUCACAGAAAACCAGAUCUCAGAUCGAAUCGACAAUGGCGUUAGAGUGGGUUGUGCUAGGCUACGCCGCCGGGGCAGAGGCGGUCAUGCUUCUCCUGCUAACCCUACCGGGCAUCAACCCGCUCAGGAAGGGCCUCAUCAGCGUAAUCCGGAGCCUCCUGAAACCCUUCCUGUCGAUCGUCCCCUUCUGCGUCUUCCUCUUGAUGGAUAUCUACUGGAAAUACGAGACGCAUCCCGCCUGCGAGUCGCCGGGAUCGUGUUCCCCCUCCGAGCACCUCCGCCACCAGAAGUCGAUGGUCAAGUCUCAGCGCAACGCCCUCCUCAUCGCCGCCGCCCUCGUCUUUUACUGGCUCCUCUUCUCCGUCACCGGUCUCGUCCUCCGCGCCGAACAGCUCAGCGAUCGCUUGGAGAAGAUGAAGAAGAAUCAGGAUUGAUUUUGCUCCAAAGGUCGGAUAAGAUAAGCAGUACAUUUCAUUUAUUAGGGUUUUUUUUUAAAUUUCAUCUAAUUUCUACAGUUCUGAGACUUCUUGCUUAAGGUUCAAAUAUUAGGGGAACAUAUUUUGAAUAAUGUCAAAAAAAGAAAAAAAAACAAUUACAGUAUGUUAUUUCUGCAGAUUUUCAUUUCUUUAGAUUCUGAAAAGGAUAUUUUGGCUUUCACAAGUAAUAACCGUUUGAUUUUCCAUAACAACUAAGGGCUUGUUUGGCAACCAUGGCUACCUAUCCGCAAUGUUUUGUGUUUAGCUUUAAAAACAACACUGGCUUUAAUCGAAAAAAUUAUUCCCAAAAAAUCCACCAUUCAUGGGCAAGGAGAAACAAGAUUGGGUGGACUUUUUUGUUUGUUGCCAUGCAGUUUGUUGCCCGUUUGACACCUACUUUUUUGUAAUUGGUUUGAAGCAAGUGAUCAUUCGAUUAUGUAGUAAAACUGUACCAAAACC